CGGCCAUCCCCCUUCUUUUAGGAAUAUCAGUUACGUUUGCACUCAGCAUCAACUAGCCUCUUCGACCGCAUACCGUUGGAUCUAUACUCGCCAUGACAUGGGUCCAGACACCUUUCGCGAUGUUUCCGCUUGUGGAGGUACCGCAUAAGGUCAUAGAGAGCAUCUUCAAAGAAGGGCCGCGAAUUGCCGGGGUAUACUGUUACACACUCGCCCCCGAGAAGUACGAAGACGCACCGCAAAGAAAGGACCAACACUUCGAGGGUCAGAAGCCUCCUGUCCCCUCGGAUUAUAAGUCGCCGUUCCUUGGAAAGACCGUUGAAGACGUUGCGAAGUGGAUGCGGAAGAAACCUGAAAGCGUAAACUUCGACGAUCACCACUUCGUCCUGCUUGACAAGCGUGCGGAGAAGGACGGUACCGUCAUCGUCUGUCGUAUUGGUGGUAUGCUUUUGGACGAGCCCGAGGACUUGGACUAUAUGCGGAAGAGUGCGUUCGAAGCGAGCGCCAUGUUGCAGGGCAUGAACUAUGCGCAUUGGGAGGAGCGUGAGCGUGAGCCCGGGAAACCGGAAAUUGAAUAUUGAGCAAUACGGAAGAAAAACCGAAACGGAAGAAAUGAAGGAAUGAAAUCGAUUAAGCCACUUUC